AUGUCUAAUAAUGACUGUGGAAUUUUAAUUAAUGGCAAUCAUACCGAUAUCGCCCUCAAAGUUUACAAAAACCGCUUGUUUAUCAUCGUAACACAAUUUAAAAAAUUUGGAUCUAUGGUAACAGUGACACGUGAAUCAUCUCUGAAUCAAUUCAAUAGCGACACUUAUUCUACUCACGUAAUAUUUGGCAAAGAUACUGAAGAAGUUCAUGCAGCUGUUCGCUAUAUAGCUGAAGCUAUUAAUAUUGACAGGCCAUUACUGCUGUCAAUUGCUCUGAAAGAUCACGACUUGAGUACACUGAAGACUAUAGUUGCUACUAUUAACAAAUUAAAAGCUUGGUAA